CAAUGAGUAUAUGGCAGGAGUUCAAGGUGAUAAGGGCUGAGCCAGAAGCCACAGAGCAUAAAGUCCCAGUGCUGCCUCCAGGGAUGAGGCAACGAGGACCCCGACUCCUCUAUCCAGGCUAACCUACGCUUUCUUCAGGGUCACCCUAGAAUCAGAUCUGCUCCCCAGCAUCUUCUGUUUCCUGGUGAGUGUUUCCUGCUACCUUGGAUUUUCCAUGAUGGGCUGGAGCUGCCUUGUGACGGGAGCAGGAGGCUUUCUGGGUCAGAGGAUCAUCCGCCUGUUGGUGGAGGAGAAGGAGCUGAAGGAGAUCAGGGCCUUGGACAAGGCCUUCAGACCAGAACUCAGGGAGGAAUUUUCUAAAAACUUCCCAGCCAGAUCCAGAAAUCCCUCCAAUGACCUGACCUGUGUUCACACAGAGCUCCAGGGCAAGACCAAGCUGACGAUGCUGGAAGGAGACAUUCUGGACGAGUCAUGCCUGAAGAGAGCCUGCCAGGACAUCACGGUCGUCAUCCACACGGCCUCUAUUGUUGAUGUCUUCAGUGUCAUUCACAGAGAGACUAUCAUGAACGUCAACGUGAAAGGUACCCAGCUCCUGUUGGAGGCCUGUGUCCACGCUAGUGUGCCAGUCUUCAUCUACACCAGCACCCUAGAGGUGGCUGGGCCCAACUCCUACAAGGAAGUCAUCCAGAACGGCCACGAAGAACAGCCUCUGGAAAACACAUGGUCUGCUCCCUAUCCCUACAGCAAACAGCUUGCUGAGAAGGCUGUGCUGGAGGCUAAUGGGUGGACUCUCAAAAAUGGUGGCACCUUGUACACUUGUGCCUUAAGACCCAUGUAUAUCUAUGGAGAGGAAGGCCCAUUCCUUUCUGCCACUAUAAAUGAAGGCCUGAACAACAGUGGGAUCCUGCCAAGUGUUGGCAAGUUCUCCACAGUCAACCCGGUAUAUGUUGGCAAUGUGGCCUGGGCACACAUUCUGGCCUUGAGGGCCCUGCGGGACCCCAAGAAGGCCCCAAGUGUCCGAGGACAGUUCUAUUACAUCUCAGAUGACACGCCUCACCAAAGCUACGAUGGCCUUAAUUACACCCUGAGCAAAGAGUUUGGCCUCUACCUUAAUUCCAGCUGGAGCCUUCCUUUACUCCUGAUGUACUGGAUGGGCUUCCUGCUGGAAGUGGUGAGCUUCCUGCUCAGCCCAAUUUACACCUAUCGGCCCCGCUUCAACCGCCACACAGUGACGUUGUCAAAUAGCGUGUUCACCUUCUCUUACAAGAAGGCUCAGCGAGAUCUGUCAUAUAAGCCGCUCUACAGCUGGGAGGAAGCCAGGCAGAAAACCGUGGAGUGGGUUGGUUCCCUUGUGGACCGGCACAAGGAGAUGCUGAAGUCCAAGACUCAGUGAUUUAAGGAUGACGGGGAUGCCCACGUGGGUAUUGUCGGGAGAUGCCGUGAAGCUCCACCCUCCUGGCUUCGCACAGAAGGUGACAAGAGCACACGCCCAGGUCCUGCUGCCUCCUUUCACACAAUGGCCAACUUACUGUCAUCCUUGCAUCAUCAAAACCUGUGCAAUCACUGGCCCAACUGAAAGCUUUCUGUCCUAAUCAUAUACCAGAGGAAAGACAAUGUGAUUUGCUUUUUCCAAAUCUCAGUGGCUGAUUCUGAACAAUUUGGGGUCUCUUUUAACUUGAAGGUCUCUUUUGACUACUAGAGCUCCAUCUCCUCUUUUAAAUGAGAAAGCAUUUCUUUUCUCCUUAAUGUCCUCUUCUUUCACCUAAUUCAACGAAAAGAGCAAUAAAUAAUUUAAUGCUUAA